AUGGAGCGUCAGCUUCUCUUUCUAUCUCUGUGUUUCCAAAUCUUGGUUAUUCAAGCCCAUAGCCAAGGCUGCAACCUAGAUGAUUUAGCAUCCUUGGUCAAUUUCAUGUCUAGUUUUGAUGGGGGGAUAGCUGGUUGGACUGAAGAAUAUGCUUGUUGCAAUUGGAAUGGGAUUUUAUGCCAAGAAAAUGAAGAAGAUUUCAUGGCCUCCCCUGGCUCAGGAAGAAGGGUGACAGGCUUGGUACUCAGUAGAAAGAGCCUGAUGGGGACCAUUUCUCGGUCUGUGGCCGGUCUCGAUCGACUACGACUCCUUGACCUCUCCCACAAUUCUAUUCAAGGCUCCUUGCCAUCAGAAAUCUUCAAUCUUGAGCAACUCGAAGUCAUUGACAUGAGCAACAACCAGCUCUCUGGCUCGGUUCCAGCCAUCUUCAAUCUCCGAUCGAUCAAGAUAUUCAACAUCUCAAGAAAUGGUUUCUAUGGUUCUCUGCCCCUUCUAACAGGAGCAGUACACCUUGUAGUGUUUAAUAUUAGUGGCAAUAGCUUUAAUGGGUCAGUUGAGGCUGGGAUUUGCAACGUGUCGAGCUCGCCAUUGAUAUUGGAUCUUUCAGCAAAUAGGCUUCAAGGAGAGCUUCCAGAAGGCAUCAGAAGUUGCAGGUCGUUGAAGGAGCUUUAUGUCUCCGAGAACUCUCUCUCAGGGAAACUACCACAUGGGUUGGGAAACCUCACAAACUUGCUUUCUUUGGGGCUCUCUGAAAAUGCAUUCUUAGGUGAUAUACCAGACAUGUUUAGUGAUCUUAAGGAGCUGCAGUUUCUCAAUGCUCGCUCGAACCAGUUCACAGGGCCCUUGCCCUCUUCUCUAUCUCAAUGCUCAAUGCUCCAGGUGCUUAAUCUGAUGAAUAAUUCUCUAGAAGGUGACAUCAAUCUCAAUUUCACAGGAACACCUCUUCUCAAAGGCCUAAUUCUCAAAUAUAAUAAGUUUACUGGUUAUCUUCCAACGACGCUUUCGGAAUGUACUAGGUUGGAAGCUAUGGACCUGGCCAGGAAUGACUUCAGUGGUGAAAUCCCUGAAGAAUUUGGAAACUUGCAAUACCUCUCUUUCCUCUCACUAUCAAACAACAGCUUUCAAAACAUAUCGAGGGCAUUAAAGAUACUACAGCGGUGCCAAAGUCUCACUACUCUGAUCCUGACAAUGAAUUUCUACAACGAAGAACUCCCGAGCAGCAUUUUUUACAUUGUUCCAAAAUUCAAAAGUUUAAGGGUGCUUGCCCUCCCAAAUUGCGGACUUUAUGGUUCAAUCCCGCCAUGGUUGUCAAGCUUGAGAGAGCUGCAGAUACUAGACUUAUCAUGGAACCAUCUUUGCGGAACUAUCCCUCAUUGGAUUGGAGCCCUUUCCCACCUCUUCUACUUGGACUUAUCAAACAAUUCACUCGGCGGAGAGAUUUCUCAAAGCUUGAGCCAUUUGCCGAGCCUCAUUUCUGGUCCGAUGUCAACAACAGAACCCAAUCCCAUAGGCUUGCCUCUGUAUUACAGGCGUAACCCGAAGGCAAACGAGUUGCAAUACAUUCGUGUUGCGAGCUUUCCUCCAUCCCUGUAUCUAAGCAACAACAAGUUGACUGGACAACUCUCACCGGAGAUCGCCAACUUAAUAAGGCUUCAUGUAUUGGAUCUGAGCCGGAAUAAUUUUUCAGGCACCAUUCCUGAUGGCAUAUCAAAUAUGCGGAACCUGGAGCAAUUGGAUUUAUCUCAAAACAAUUUAUCCGGAUCCAUUCCGCCUUCAUUGGUGAGGCUCAACUUUUUGGCUCAAUUUAAUGUGUCACAUAACAGCCUGCAAGGGGAAAUCCCCUCAGAAAACCAAUUCUCAACAUUUGCAGAGUCAAGCUUUGAGGGAAAUCCAGGUCUUUGUGGCACACCAUUGCCACCAUGCCGAGAGACUGAGACACCACAUAACGGGUUUACUUCUCCUUGGUGCUCAGAUGGCAGCAAGUUGGGGAUAAAUAACAUGGGCUUGUUAUGGACUGUAACAUGUACAUUGUUGCUUGCGGGCAUGUCUUGAGAUACUGAACUUGUCAUGUAAAUUAAGGUAUCAUAUGUAAACUAG